AUGGAGCUUGAUCUAUGUGAAGGAAUUCGAGUUGGGUCUGGAAGCAUUGUCUUAUCACAUAUUCAAUUUGCGGAUGACCUACUCAUCUUUUCGGAAGGUGAUGAACGUCAGUUAAAAAAUUUCUAUCGCGUUCUUAAAAUUUUCGAAGUGGCGGCUGGUUUGAAGCUUAAUCUAAACAAGACGAAGAUUUUUUGGAUUAAUGUGGAAGAAGAAAGAGUAAGAAGGUGGGCAGAUGCUAUUUCUUGUGGUUGGGCAGGUCUUCCUUCGACCUAUUUGGGUCUUCCUCUUGGUUUUAAAAGGAAUUCCAAGUCUUUUUGGAAACCUAUUGUGGACAAAGUCAAUUCUCAUUUAGAUACUUGGAAAGGUAAACUGCUUUCGUUUGGGCUAACUUUCUUUGGAAUCCUAAGUCAGCUAGAGGUAUUCAUUGGAUUAAGUGAAAAAAAUAUUUGUAGACCAAAAUCUCAUGGUGAGUUGGGCAUUUUUGAUGUUAAAAGUAGAAACUGUGCCUUGCUUAACAAAUGGAUUUGGCAUUUUAGCGAGGAUAACAACAGCUUAUGGAAAAAGUUUGUGGUUGCAAAGUAUAAUUAUGAUCAGGAUUCGCUUAUUCCCAAAGCUGUGAAUGAGCGAAAUGCUUCUUGA